CCCUGAAUGCAGCACCAGUCCACCUGUUCGUGCUCUCGGUGGCUGGACAGAGGAAGGAUGAAGCCGAGGCAGCUGGUUCUGCUCGCUGCUGCUGCUGAUGCUGCGCAGCCCUGGACCCCCGGCAGCCUACCACGUGACUGCGAAUCAGGAGGAGGAGGAGGAGGCGCGUCCGUCAUACAGAACUGACCGAGGAUCGGCUCACAUUCUCUCGACUGUCGCACCGCGGCACCAGGUACCGCUCCAUGUUCUCCUGACUCGGCUCUCAGACGACCACAGACACUUGUCCCCCUCCGGCGCAGCAUCUUUUUCCUCCAACUGUCCUCCAUGAGAUUCUUCAGGCUGACCUUCAAGUGCUUCGUCGACUGCUUUUGAAUCUGCUCUGUCCACGGCUCCACCGACCGCGACGCUUCUGUGACAAAAAAAAAUCCAUCUCUUGGUUGCGCUGGGGGCUUCUAAAACGCUUAAGAAAAAACUGUUUUUUUUUUUUUAAUAUCUCUGAGCGGUGAUCGAACAAACUGAGAUAAGCGCGGUGGUGUGCUGGGAUCUGCCUCUCUGAGCCUGCUGUGGUGCCUUCCGUGUGAGAUUAUUCAGCUUCUACCUUACUGGCUCUGAGGCCAUCCGCAAAGAACAACAAGUAAUUUGUCCACCUGUCCGACAGCAUGUCUCCAGAAUUGGAAGAGAACAACAAAGGUGAAAUGAGUCUCCCUCAGUUGGAGGCAGGCGUCCUGUCUGGGGAAGAAGGAGGAGGCUCCGGUCACCCUUUGGUUCCAGUGCCAGGAGCGGGUCCCAGGUGUGGUGAAGGUGGAGGUGUGGGUCCACCACAGGGCCAGGAUGAUGUGUCGAGCGGGACUCUGGCGGUUCCCGUGGUGGAGAGAGAAACAUGGACUCGGCAGAUGGAUUUCAUCUUGUCCUGCGUGGGAUUUGCAGUCGGCUUGGGAAACGUUUGGCGGUUCCCGUACCUGUGCUACAAGAACGGCGGAGGGGUCUUCCUGAUCCCCUACAUGCUGAUAGUAUUUAUUGGGGGCAUCCCAGUCUUCUUUCUGGAGAUCGCAUUGGGACAGUUCAUGAAACAGGGAGGUGUCUCUGCUUGGAACAUCGCGCCCCUUUUUAAAGGUCUGGGCUUGGCGUCGAUGGUGAUCGUGUUCUUCUGCAACACCUACUACAUCAUGAUCCUGGUGUGGGGUCUGUACUUUCUCCUCCACUCCUUCACCAACCCGCUGCCCUGGGCGACCUGCGGACACCCCUGGAACACCGCCAACUGUACUGAGGAUUUCCAACGCACGUGCCACAACCGCAGCGUCGCCCAGGCCGCGCUGGUGUCGGCGCCGCCCGCCAACUCGUCCUCUGGCCCCCUGCUAAACCUGACCUCAGCUCAGCUUCUCCUCAACAGCAGCUGUUUGGAGACCGAGGGAAUGCGAUCCUCCGUCAUUGAGUUCUGGGAACGCAAAGUUCUCCGCCUCUCUGGUGGUCUUCACGAGCCCGGUGACAUCAGCUAUGAAAUGGUGCUGUGUCUCAUCGGCACCUGGGUCAUUGUCUACUUCUGCAUGUGGAAAGGUGUCAAAUCCACAGGCAAGGUUGUUUACUUCACAGCUCUGUUCCCCUACCUGGUUCUGGUGGUCCUAUUGGCCCACGGUGUGACUCUACCUGGAGCUCUGGAUGGGAUUGCCUACUACCUGAAACCAGACUGGUCCAAACUUGGAGAAGCACAGGUGUGGAUCGAUGCCGGCACCCAGAUCUUCUUUUCCUAUGCCAUCGGACUGGGAGCUCUGACCGCACUGGGCAGCUACAACCGCUUCCAUAACAACUGUUACCAGGAUGCGUUUGUUCUGGCCCUCAUCAACAGCGGAACCAGCUUCUUCGCCGGGUUUGUCGUGUUCUCCGUGCUGGGCUUCAUGGCUGCAGAACAAGGCGUUGACAUCAGUAAGGUAGCUGAAAGUGGACCUGGUCUGGCCUUUAUUGCCUACCCCAAGGCCGUGACUCUGAUGCCGGUGGCGCCGCUUUGGGCAGCGCUUUUCUUCUUCAUGCUGCUCAUAUUGGGCCUGGACAGCCAGUUUGUCGGAGUGGAGGGUUUGAUCACGGGCAUCCUCGACAUGCUCCCCCCAAAAUCUGCCCUAGGUUCUCUGCGGCGAGAGGUGGUGGCAGCCAUCUGCUGUGUCAUCUGUUUCCUGAUUGACAUGUCCAUGGUCACCGAGGGAGGAAUGUACGUCUUCCAGCUGUUUGACUACUACUCAGCGAGUGGCAUCACUUUGCUGUGGCAGGCUUUCUGGGAGUGCGUGGUCAUCGCAUGGGUCUAUGGUGCGGAUCGGUUCAUGGAUGAUGUGGCUCGUAUGAUCGGUUACCAGCCUUGCCCUUAUAUGAAGUGGUGCUGGUCGUACAUCACUCCUUUCCUUUGUGUGGCGGUGUUCCUAUUCCACGUGGUGAACUACAAACCUCUGACCUACAACACAGUGUACACUUACCCCUGGUGGGGCGAAGCGAUCGGCUGGACGUUCGCUCUGUCCUCCAUGCUCUGCAUCCCAGUCACGGUUCUCUACAAGCUGCUGCGCUGCAAAGGAUCAUUGCGGGAGCGAUGGCAGCACUUGACCACCCCGGUGUGGGGCAGACAUCACCUGGAAUACCUGGCCCCUGAGAGUGAAGCAAAACUGCUGCCCCCUGCAGGAACCAAGGGCACACUUCCUUUUGAAAGUGUCAUCUGACCAUCGGAGAGCGCGCCUCCGCCCUGCAGGAUCAGUGAAGAUUAAACACACUAUGGUGAAAAUUGCACACUAAAACGAAUCCCUGUAAUUAUUAAAUUUCUGGAAACUCCCUGGACAAAUGGACCAAAGACUAGAUGGGAAAGAACUGAAACUUACACCCACACCUCACGGUAAUCUCAUUAUUUCCUCUGCUUUGCUCUCUGACUCUACCUCGCUGAGUUCUCCUCGCCUGUGUGCUGUCCCGUCUUGUCUCGCCAAGUCGAUGUAAUGCCGCCAGUGUUGCUGCAAUGUCUCCCUUCUUUUUUGUCCACUCUCACUGUUUCCAUAGUUGUCGCCUUUUUUGUGGGGUGAAAAUGAUAAGUUUAUCUGCUGCUGUUGGUACGCCACCAUCUGGUCAGAUGCGUGUACGUACUGUGUGUGAGCGAGUGUGAGCGCAAGGAGCAGCUUGUUUCCGAGGGUGACAUCAUCAACAUGAGACAACUGUAAGGUCAUAUGUUCAUUACCUCUCAAAAAAAAACAAAGAAGAAAAGCAACUUCUGAUGAAAAAAAAAGAAGAAAUCGAUAGCAGAAAAUGCAUCAACACUUUAGGAUGUGUUUGUCAUCAACUAACUUAACUAUGAAGUGUAUUUGUAUUGUCUGUGAAUCGGUGUUUACUAACUAAAUUUUAAGUGGAUGAAGAUCAGUAUUUUCAACUUGAGCGGGAAUUGAGAGGCGUGAUGGCUGUGAGGAGAGGGUGAUACAGUGCUGAGAGAGAAGCAAUAAAAGACCUGCUACAGAUGGACCCGGUGUGUCAUGUUCAGACAUACUCUUACUUUCAUUGGCAUCCUAGCUGAUCACAUUCACUAACCUUGUCCAUGAGAACUAAAUCUGGAGAAUCGCUUCCUCCCAUUCAUGAGAAAUUUGAUAUGACCGGAAUGUAACUGCUGAAAGGGGAGAGGAAUGUAUUAAAAAAUACGAUUUGAUAUGAAAGAAGAGGACAAAACUUAAGAAAUAUUUGCAAUAAAUUCACACAUCUUAAAUGUGAGGUCAGAGGGGCAACAACUAGGACCUGGAUUUGAUGCAAUAUUUAAAAAUGAAUCGAAGACUCAAGUGCUACACUUCCCAGCAUGAUUGAUUUUUCUUCCUAUAUGGCCUUCACAUUUCUUUUAACUCCACAACUGGUAUAGACAUCCAGGAACGCAACAUUCCUCCGAUCAAUCUCCAUCACUCCCCAAGGCUGUUUGUUAUCGGGGAGAAAACCGCUGAGAUGAUGAUGAUCACACAAAAUACUCUGAUAAAAUAUAGUUUAUUUUCAAACAUUGUUCCCCGUAAAAUAGUGAGAAAGGAUCCCAACACAAACAUUCAUUCACAAACCAAUACAAUUCCAGAAGCUACAUUUUAUGCUGUUAGUUGUGAUCGAUGAAGCAGGAAACUAUCAGCACGACGGCGUCAAAAACCUUCAAUAACUUAACACAUUCAUAAGCACUGAAUACACGGGGGG